GGCCGUUUCCAUGGUUACGGCGGCCUAGGGGCCACGAGAAGCCUGAGAGACAGAGGGAAUCAAUCACGGGAGGAGAAACAGAAAACAUCAUCAGGAUGUACAAGAGGGAGAAGAGCAUUCAGAUUAAGAGCAGUGCUUCUGCUUUCUACAACAACCUCAGCAUCCUGCCCAUCACUGAUAAGAACCUUACCUACUUUGCUGUCAUCCAUGGUAGUGUGGUGAACAUGGUUAGCGCCUCCACCGAUGGCCUGAACCUCUCUCACAGGCAGCUGCAGUCCAAGGAGGGAGGCAUGGUGCAUGGCACUUCCUUAGUCAUGCAGGCCUCAUGGUGUGUAUUGCCUUCUCGAAUUCUCCUGGUACUGGCUUCACAGAAAGGUAUUCAGAUGUAUGAAUCGGAUGGCUCCAUCAUGGUGUACUGGCACGCAAUGGAUACCCCAGAAGCUCCAACAGCAGAGGCUGUGUUUGCCCGAGGAAUUGCAGCAACAAGGAGCCACUUUAUCUGUGUGGGCUCCUCAGCAGGAUCCAUCCUCGUCUUCAAUAUCCCUCCGAAAGGAACAAACAUCACCGUGUCUGAAGUGCUGGAGCAGCACAGGGACCCGAUCACUGAGGUUGCGUGUGAUUGUUCUGAGGAUAAGGAGUGUACUGCAGAUCUGGUGACAGCUGAUGACUCUGGGAUCCUGUGUAUCUGGAAAUCAGGGGAAGACUUUAAAUUAAUUUACAAGAUUGCAGCUUAUGGGAGCACUUGCUCAUCUGUGAAGAUGUGGAGUGGGAUCAUCACAGCCGGCUAUGGGAGUGGCCAGAUCUUGAUUUACGACGCAACGACCGGUACAUUACACGUGGAAGUGAACGCUCACACACGCUGGAUCUGCACACUUGAUAUUGCCUCUGAAAGUGGAAAGCUGCUGUCAGGGGGUGAGGAUUCAUUUCUCAGGAUCUGGAGAAUCUAUCGGAACCCAGAGUCCAACACCAUCGAGGUGGAGCACGAGCACAUGGAAUGUGUAACUGAUGUUCAGAUCUGCGGAGCCAAAUUCUGUGACCCCGAAGGAACUGCCUUUGCAGUGACAGGAUAUGACCUGAGUGAGAUCAUUCGUUAUGUCCUGGUAUGAUCGAGAGUAGACUGAAGGGUGAUUGAUGGUCGGAUUGGAUUGGAGCUGCUUUUUGUGAACAGGAUCUACCUGGGCAAUUUUCCACUUUAUCAGAUAGAUGCUGGUGUUGUUGCAGUUUAGUAUGUAAAUAAAAAGCUAGUCUCACUAAAA